AUGGAUAAAAUAAAAGCCGGUUUUGGUAAACUUAAGCAGGCAUUCAAAGGUUCAAAAUCAGAUAAAUCAGAUUCGCCGAAAAGUAGUAAAAAAGGUAGCACUCCAGACGUAUCAGCGAGUGCAAGUCGAAACUCAACUACGGAUGCUCCAGCAGGUCGAAACUCAGCUUCGGAUGUUCCUGCAAGUCGGAAUCCACCAGCAAGCCGCAUUCCACCAGCUCCCACCGGAGGGAGAAGUUAA